CGGUCCCCUUGUCUGUUUGCAGGGCAGCGAGCCGCAGGCGGCGCAUGAGCCCUGCGCGAGCGGAGCGCUGAGUGCCGGGGCCAUGCUGCAGGAGGGGGAGGCCGAGGCCGAGCUGCAGCGCCUGGCCCGCGAGCUCCAGGAGGCCAAUGAGGAGAAGCUGCAGGCGGCCCGGUACGGCCUGGCCGUGCUGGAGGAGAGCGCGGCCCUCAAGCAGAGGUACGCCGAGCUGGAGGGCGAGCACGAGGCCCUGCGGCAGGAGCUGCAGCAGCUCAAGGAGGCGCUGGCCGAUUCGGUGAGCAGCCACAAGCGGGCGGCGGCGGACGGGGAGAGCCGGGAGGAGACGCUGCUGCGGGAGACGGCCAGCAGGGAGGCGGCGCUGGCCGAGAGGAUCGAGGAGCUGCAGGCCGAGCUGCGCCAGGCCAGGGUGACCCUCGCCAACGCCCAGGCCGAGGGGGACCGGCUGGCCGCCCUCUCUGCCCAGCUCAAGAAGGAGGGGGAGCGCCUGGAGGCGGAGAAGGCCCAGCUGCGCGACGAGCUGCGGGAGUACAAGGUCCGGGAGCUGCGCCAGCUGCAGGACAGCUCGGAGCUGGAGGAGGAGAACAUCUCCCUGCAGAAGCAGGUGUCCGUCCUGAAGGAGAACCAGGUGAGGAGCUGACCUCGCAGGGCCCUUGUGCUGCAAUUAC